CUCCCGCUGCCGCCGCCGCAGCCGCUGCCGCCGCCGCCGCUGCCGCCGCCGCCGCCGCCGCUUCCUGCGGCCUGGGCCUCCCGCCGCCAGCAUGCCGCAUGCCUUCAAACCCGGGGACUUGGUGUUCGCCAAGAUGAAGGGCUACCCGCACUGGCCGGCCCGGAUCGAUGACAUCGCCGACGGUGCUGUGAAGCCCCCCCCUAACAAGUACCCCAUCUUCUUCUUUGGUACACACGAAACAGCCUUCCUGGGACCCAAGGACCUGUUUCCUUACGACAAAUGUAAAGAUAAGUACGGGAAACCCAACAAGAGGAAAGGCUUCAAUGAGGGACUGUGGGAGAUCCAGAACAAUCCCCACGCCAGCUACAGUGCUCCUCUGCCGGUGAGUUCCUCUGACAGUGAGGCCCCUGAAGCUGACCCGGCAGGUGGGAGCGAGGACGACGAGGUCCGGGGAGUCAUGGCCGUCACAGCUGUGACUGCCACAGCGGCCAGCGACAGGAUGGAGAGUGACUCAGACUCAGACAAAAGCAGCGACAACAGUGGCCUGAAGCGGAAGGCAGCAGCCCUGAAGAUGUCAGUCUCAAAACGAACUCGAAAGGCUUCCAGUGACCUGGAUCAAGCCAGUGUGUCCCCUUCUGAGGAGGAGAACUCAGAAAGCUCAUCUGAGUCAGAGAAGACCAGUGACCAGGACUUCACCCCCGAGAAGAAAGCUGUGGUCCGGGCACCUCGGCGGGGCCCCCUUGCAGGACGGAAGAAAAAGAAGGCACCUUCGGCCUCCGACUCCGACUCCAAAGCAGAAUCCGAUGGAGCAAAGGUCGAGCCAGUGGCUGUGGCCAGGUCAGCGCCGUCCUCCUCCUCCUCCUCCUCCUCUUCCUCCUCUUCCGACUCGGAUGUGUCUGUAAAGAAACCUCCUCGGGGCAGGAAGCCAGCGGAGAAGCCACCUCCAAAACCACGUGGGCGGAAGCCAAAGCCUGAGCGGCCCCCAACUAGCUCAAGUAGUGACAGUGACAGCGAUGAGGUCGACCGCAUCAGUGAGUGGAAGCGCCGGGAUGAGGAGAGGCGGCGUGAGCUAGAAGCCAGGCGGCGCAGGGAGCAGGAGGAGGAGCUGCGAAGGCUCCGCGAACAGGAAAAGGAAGAAAAGGAGCGGAGGCGCGAGCGUGAACGCGGGGAGGCCCCAGCCAGCGGGGGCAGCAGCGGAGAUGAGCUGGGGGACGAGGAUGAGCCCGUCAGAAAACGUGGCCGCAAGGGCCGGGGCCGGGGACCACAGUCUUCCUCUGACUCGGGGCCUGAGGCUGAGCUGCAGAGAGAGGCAAAGAAGACAGCAAGACAAAGCACAGAGCCUACGAGGAGACCCAGCCAGAAGGAGAAGAGAGGGCGCCCCGAGGAGAGGCCCCGAGCCAGGCCUGCGAAGGUGGAGCGAACCCGGAAGCGGUCAGAAGGGUUCCCACCUGACCGGAAGGUCGAGAAAAAGAAAGAACCUUCCGUGGAGGAGAAGCUACAGAAGCUGCACAGUGAGAUCAAGUUCGCCCUGAAAGUUGACAAUCCGGAUGUUAAGAGGUGUCUGAACGCACUAGAGGAGCUAGGAACCCUACAGGUGACCUCACAGAUCCUGCAGAAGAACACAGAUGUGGUGGCCACAUUGAAGAAGAUCCGCCGUUACAAGGCCAACAAGGAGGUGAUGGAGAAGGCCGCGGAGGUCUACACCCGGCUCAAAUCUCGGGUCCUGGGACCAAAGAUUGAGGCCAUCCAGAAGGCGACCAGAGCUGGGGUGGAGAAGGAAAGGGCUGAGGUGGAGAAGGCCGAGGAGGCGCUGGCUGGAGAAGAGGCUCCCAUGGAGAGGGUAGAGGACGAGGCGAAUGCUGAUCUCUCGGCCCCGGUGAACGGUGAGGCCACAUCCCAGAAAGGGGAGAGCAUGGAAGACAAGGAGCAGGAGGGAGGACAGAACUCCGAGGAGGGGCUGGGCUGUGGCUCCUCUGAAGAGCCAUUACACAAUGACAAUGCACGGGAGGGCUCCGAGCUGGAUGCACCCGGGAAGGAGCAGCAGGAGCGUGCAAGGGUGCGGAUGGACUCAGAGUCCCUGGACGAGGAGGACAGCUGAGCCCUGGCGGCCAGGCCCACCUGUCACGCGUAGAUGCCCCAGGCCUGCCCCGGCCCCCACCCGCCACCUGCGGAGCAGAGACCUGUUGGGGAAACGCCAUGCUGUCCCUUUGUAUCUGUCCCCUGGGUUGUUUUUCUGCCUAACUUCUGUGAUUUCCAACCGACAUGAAAUGACUAUAAAGGGUUUUUUUUAAUGAAAGUCACUUUUAUUGGCUCGAUUUUCUAGUGUUGCUGGUACAGCUGUCCAGGGCUCGUCCAGGGACAAAGGGUUUAAGCCACAAGGUCACUGUUCACAGCAAAUGCUCUGACACUGCCCUUGCUGGGUCUGGGCCUGCAGGGCUGACGGUGAAGGAGAGGGGAGAGGGGAGGGGGAGGCCUUUUCAGAAGUAAUGCAGCCUCAAGUGGAGGCUGUGGUUUGACCCCAGACAGUCUUGCAGAGCCUUGCUCCCAUUCCUGUUCCUACCCAGGCUGCAGGUGGUUCUGGGGCCCCCGAAGCAGCAGCUCAGGGGCACUCAAGCCAUUCAGGCUUUGGGGUUGCUGUGAGCUAGCCGUUGUCCUUGCCAUUCAGAGGGUAUGAGUGUUGGGGGCAGGCCUUGCUCUGUGACCUUGGACAAGUGGCACUCCCAUUCUGAGCUUCUCAUUCCUCACCUGUAAAGUGAACCCAGGGUCGGCAGACAGACCUGUGUGCAGCUCCCAGCCAGGUACCUGCACACGGCAGUUGCUGGUUAAACAGUGGCGUCCACUGUGUGUCCUCCACCUUGCCCCUGGCCAAGUGCCUCCAUCUCAGCCGAGGUCAUGGUGCAGUGUGGCACUUCCUGGGCCUGGCAUCCCCUCUUUGGUCUGGCUGGAUAUAAGCUCCAGUCACUGUGCUCAGUUUGUGUGAA